GCAAACAGAAGAUAGAGCAGCGAAGUAAGUGUAGAGCCUUGAUCGUCUCCAAAGGCAUUGAUGUGAGAGGUAGAACCUAUACUUCAAGGUUUAGGCGUUACAAGUAAUACAAGAUACGAGUACAAGUUACAAGUUAUAAGCUAGUGAUAUAUCUGGAUGGUAGAACCAGCAUUUGCAUUAUUAUACUCGUGUCUUAAUGUGCAGUGCGUAUGUCGCAGAAACGGCCGAUCUCGAAAGGAAAUACUAGCCGCUUAUUGGAUAGAAUACAAAGCCACACCAUACUUUGUUAAUAUAUAUAAUAUAUAUAUAUGUCAUUCAGAUCAUUGGUGACUACUGUCUGAAUCACGCGCUCUGAUACUUGUUUGUUGUUUAUUGUUUAGAUUUAGUUAAUUAUUGUGAUUAGUCGGUACUUGAACUACGCGCUGCCAUGAUUUCGCUUAAGAUAUUUCUAAUUAGCCUUGCAAUUGUCGCUAUCAAUGCACUGCCAGACAGUGCAGGUUACGUCGAAAUGGUUAAUGGACUUGCUUAUGGCGGAAUUCCUUAUGGGACCAUUUCUGGGAGUGUAGCGCGACAGUCACAGAAUCCAAAUCCUGGGUCUUAUUUUGGGUACAACCCAAAUCAAUACCGUCCUCGAGCAGCUUACGAACCAGGAUCUUCAGUAGUUAUCAUGCCAAAUUAUCGAGCUCCAGGACUUGAAAGACGUCGGCGAGGUCCAGUACAAGUUUUUAAACUUCCCGGGGUUGUCGCGCCUGGAGUUGUCGGCACUUUGACCGGAAUCGGCUAUAAAAAAUAAUUUUAAAUUUCUUUUUUUUUCUAAUUAUUUCUGUACUUAACUAUUCUAUUAAUUAAUUUAAUUAUAGUGAGCCAUCCGUCCAUUUGUAAUCUAGUAUAUAAUAAAUAAAAGUAAUUGCGCAAUAA